AGUACGGUAACUAACAUCGUGACACGGGAAUUUUAUAUAUUAGAUAACUAAACGAAAGGUUCGACUCCUGCCAGCUAUCGAUUCUUCUAAUUAUAGUUUUAAAAAUAGUCGCAGAUCAUGGUGGCCGGCUAGUCCACAAAAAAUAGUGGGCACAAAGUUUCUAGUUCAAAUACGGGAUACCUAUACCAAUAUGGUAUUUAUUGCUUAACGUAUUAUGCGCUUAUUGAUCUAAAAUUCUAUUAAACUAUAAAUGUCUUAUUCACAUCAGACACAACCACUUACAUAGGACAACACGAAAACAUCACGAAAUCUUGGAUUAUAAUCCAUAAUUAGGAAAUAAAAACAUAAAGACCAGUCCUAAGGUCCAAAAAUUGAAUUUAAAUGUUGUUUUUUUUUCUAUUAUGUGGGUGUACUUGGCCAACUGUAGGACAUUAACAAAUCUUUAAAGGAUAAAUAAAACAAAAAAAGAAAGUUUGGUAUAUAUAAGGAAAAUCAAAAAUAACUAAAUUAUAAAGUAUUGCAAAUAUGAGUAGUUCAUACCUAUCCCUUACAAAUUACCUAUUAUUAUAUCUAGGAUUAUGAAUUCCGUGGCUUGUGAGAACAGUAAGAAAACUCUCCAAGAAAGUCUAGAAAUUUCCUCACCAGACUCCAGCCAGACGUAGAAAUAUCAAGUAAAGAUUUUUAAUACCUUAAACACCUUUUCAAGACCUACGUUAAUAUACAACUAAAAUAGUACAUUCUAUGAUUUUACUCUUUAUAAAGCUUUAAAGCUAUCAUAAUUAGCAUUUUAUGAAGUUUUAUCCUUUAUUGCGCCAUUACAUAAUCUAUUCUCCAACAUAAACAUCAUUUAAAAUAGGAUGUCCACAGACAAACUGAGGAAUAAAUUUAAUAUAUUUAUAAUAAAAAAGGCUUGGGUACGCUUGUGGAAAGAUUCUUGGAAAACCCUUGGUUAGACACUAAAAAUGUGUCAAACUGUUAUCACAUGUUCUACAUUAAAAUGAAAUUUAAUCAUGUAUUUUUUUUAAACCAUGCUGUUAAGGUGUAAGAGAAUCGUUACAAUGAAAAGAAAUGUACGAAACAAACAUAGGAAUCGCGGUCUCAUUCAAUGUCCAGACAAUCCAAAGAAUAAGAAUCCUCUAUCGUUUCCGAAAUGCCACACUAAGCCUGAUCAAAUCACUUACCAACCAAUAUACCAUUACUAAAAUGGAUAGGUCAGUUACAUCUCCAAUGACGUGUCAGUUAUAUCAAAACAUAAGUCAAUUACAAGCUUAUCAUGAAAAAAAAUCCCAACUUAAAGGUAUUGUAGUCAGAAAAUAAGAAAUUCCAUUGUCUACUCAUUAAAAGGCUCAUUGUUCGGUUAAACUCGGAGCAGUGUUUAUAAAACCCUCUUGCAGUUCUCACAUUUUCAGUUUCAGUGCUCAGGACCAACAUCAUGAAUAACUUUAAGUCAAUGAUAAAAAGAAAGCUUGUAUUCAUCGUCUUGACGUUACAAGGCAUAAAAUGCACAAUAGAUGGCACGAUAAAUUACCGCAAUCCGAACGACACGAAGACUCCCGAUGAUCCUUGCAACCCUCCAUACUGGUACCCCCAGCCUAUUCCAGAUUAUUGCAAGUUUAAAAACAUGCCCACGCCGACGCCUCCAGGGCCAGGCGAUGACAACCCCGGGCCGAUUCCCGUACCGAUACCUGUGCCUUUGCCCAUUCCUCCUCCACUUCCACUGCCAAUACCGUUAAUGCCUCCGCCUGUUGUACCUCCGAUCAUGAUGCCUCCUUCUGUAAUGCCACCGGGUCCACCAGGCCCACCUGGACCAUUGCCACCAAUUAUGGUUCCUCAGCCAAUGGUGCCUCUGCCAAUUCCAUUGCCUUUUGGGAUUCCCUUGGCUCCUACAAACCCUAUGGUACCAGUUGCCGGGAUUCCAUUGCCGCCUCAAGUGUAUCCUUAUGCGCCUGCUUUCCCCGCACCAUACCCUCCUAUGCCACCGAUGCCGCCUAUGUACCCUGCGCCGUACCCGCCGCCGUACCCCGCCCCGUACCCACCACCCUAUCCGUCACCUUAUCCUUCUCCUUACCCGAUGCCGCCACGCCGGGGUAUCGGCAUGGUUCCUGGAAUACCCGGCCUGGUGAGUCCCGACGGUGGUAUAAACAUUUUGCCCUUCUCAGAUGCCUACUCUGACAUGUUAGAGAAACAUAAGCAGAAGAUGAUAAGGAAGCACCUACAGAAGUUGAUCAGCGAGUAUGACAAUUUCCCGUUGAAGCUCCGCAAGAAGACAAGGCGUCACAAUGCGAAGGAAGAGAAGCCAGAGGAUAAUAACACUAUCGAUUAAUUAGAAUUUGGGUAACUGUCGUUUUAUAUUGCUCUCACUAGUAGAGUAUAUUAAUUUUUGUAUUUCGUGUU